ACACCGGGAUUCUGUAAAAAAAAAAUCAUAUAUAUUUAUAACAUGUAACCAAACAUAAUUUUAAAAAUAAAUUUAAAAUUUUUGGUGUCUGACAGGUUAAAUAUGCCCCAAAAACGUAUAGGAGUUCUGGCUGCCAGCGACACGACCGAACCAUUAACAGCGGAACUAGAACCUAUGAACCCUCAAGAAGACGAUGUGUAUAAGGACACUGAAGGCAAGAUAGAACUCAAAAAAGAACUGGGAUUGCUGGAAGGAGUUGCCAUUAUCCUGGGUAUCAUAAUUGGCUCGGGUAUCUUCAUAUCACCCAAAGGCGUCCUGCAGGAGACGGGCAGCGUGGGCAUGUCACUGGUGGUGUGGGUACUGUGUGGCAUGCUCUCCAUGGUAGGGGCACUCUGCUACGCUGAGCUGGGCACCUCCAUACCCAAGUCUGGUGGAGAUUAUGCCUAUAUCAACACAGCCUUCGGCUCACUCCCUUCCUUCUUGUUCCUCUGGGACGCAAACCUUAUUUUUGUGCCUACGACCAAUGCCAUCAUGGGCCUAACUUUUGCCAAAUACGUCAUUCAGCCUUUUUUCCCCAACUGUGAUAUGCCAGACUCUUCUGUCCGGCUCAUCGCAGCACUUGCCAUAUCAUUCUUAACAUUCAUCAAUUGCUGGAAUGUUCGGGUAACGACCAAACUUCAAGAUGUCUUCAUGGUGACCAAGAUCGGUGCUCUUCUAAUUGUUAUUGUUGCUGGUAUGGUCCACUUAUUUAUGGGAAAUACACAGAACUUUGAUAAUGCCUUCGAGGGCACCUCGACUGAGCCUGGCCAGAUUGCUGUCUCCUUCUACUCCGGCAUUUUCUCAUAUGCUGGAUGGAACUACCUCAAUUUCAUGACGGAAGAGUUGCAGAAUCCUUUCGUUAACUUGCCUCGGGCCAUAUAUAUAUCGCUGCCGCUGGUGACGCUGGUCUAUGUAUUAGCCAAUAUUGCUUACCUGGCCGUUCUUACACCAACAGCUAUGUUAGCCUCGGAUGCAAUUGCUGUGACCUUUGCUGAUAAGCUUCUGGCACAAGGAAGUUGGAUAAUGCCAAUUUUGGUGGCGCUGUCGGCCUUCGGUGGUUUGUCAGUGCACAUUAUGACAUCUUCAAGGUUGUGUUUCGUCGGAGCUCGUCAAGGUCACUUCCCAGACUGCCUGGCAUUAAUCAACUGCAAAUGCAAUACUCCGACCACAUCGCUGGUGUUUCUUGGUCUUCUAUCGUUGGUGUACUUGUGUACAACGAACAUCUACAGCCUGAUCGAAUAUGCUAGUUUUGUGGAGAGUAUGUUUAUCCUGUGCAGCAUAGCGGGACUAUUGUUCUUGAGGUGGAGACAACCUGAUAUGAAAAGACCUAUCAAAAUCAACAUUAUCAUUCCGAUUAUUUUCCUGCUGAUCUGCGGCUUCCUGGUGUUUCUUCCGCUCUAUGUUCGACCUCUUGAAGUGGGCAUGGGUAUCCUCAUCACAGCUUCGGGCAUCCCUGCAUAUUUCCUAUUUAUCUACUGGCAGAAUAAGCCACAGUUCGUCAAAAGGGCGCUCGAGUCGCUCACCAUCGGCAUCCAACAACUGUUCUUUUCGGUUAAAGGCGAUUAAGAAUAUUAAUUCAUGGACUUCAAUCUCUAAAAUGCUUAUGUUUUUUACCAUUGUUAUUUUUAAGUUAUUUCGAACAAACAUUUUCUUGCCGUGACUUUGCUCAAAUAAUAUGCCAACAUUAAUUGAUGUUAAUACAGUAUUUUUAACAUAAACUGAAUGUGAUGUGACGAUGUGAGCCAAGUUCUGUAAUCUUCAAUAUUCAGUAAUACUUUGUGCUAUGUAAGGUCGAGAUGCUAAGUAUAUUUGGACAUAUUAUUACAUAAAACUUGAGUCGUGGCCUCUAGAAAGACAGUCAUGGAGUGAGUGAUGGUGCAAGUGUUUCUUCUUUUUUGGGUCACCUGCCUUGAUGGGAAAUGGCCAAUAUGUUGAAAAUAAUUUUUUGAAUAAUAUUAAUGUUUUUAUGCCGAGUGACAACUGCGACAUGUAUGUAAUGGAAGCUUAGCACAGUGGCAUUAUCGUAACCAGUGAGGUUUAUCCGAGGUACGAUUAUUGCUAUUUGAAACUGAUGUAAUGGAUAAAGUUGUUGAGUGCUUCUCACUGCUGUGAAAGGUCUGACCCCCUGAGCCCCUGGAGGAGGCUCAGGGGGUCAAGGCUUCUGUGGCCCAGGCCUGGUGGUGGAUCAGGACCUGAUCAACCAGGUUGUUACUGCUGGCAGCACAUAAACCAGUGUAGGAACCACAGCCUGGCUGGUCAGGUACUGUGUGUCUGUCCAGCUCCCUCUUGAGGACAACCAGGGGUCUUGAAGACAACCAGGGGGUCUUGAAGACAACCAGGGGGUCUUGAAGACAACCAGGAGUCUUGAAGAUAACCAGGGGUCUUGAAGACAACCAGGGGUCUUAAAGACAACCAGGGGGUCUUGAAGACAACCAGGGGGUCUUGAAGAUAGCCAGAGGUCUAAUGGAGGACUGAACCUUAACAUUUGUGUUGCAUGACUCACCUAGAUUUACCACUUCAUGAAAUACAAUGCAAGAAAGUUAUGCAUUGAUAGUGUGUCUUGUGUUCGUUAACAAAACCCUUUUGUACAUUUUCUAAUUGGUGGUUAACGAUGUGUAAACAUAGGUUAAUUUAUGUUACAUUAACCUAACAUAGUAUAAUUGUUGUUGCUGUUUAGGUCAUGUAAAAAGCUCCUACAUCGUAUUGUGUAUGGAAAAAGUUUAGAGGACGGAUCUACAGUAGUGGCCUGGUAUUUGCGUGCGAUACGUUCCAAGACCGACCUUGGUUUCCCAAAACAGUGAUAGUAGUGAACCCUAUUUAUAUAAGUUGUUGAUUUUCAUAGCUACGAGAGUUUAAUUGAUAAAUUAUGCACAGUGAGUCGAGAAUUCACUUUUUCGCUGAUGGGAAACACUUCAAGGCUUCUCUUAGGCUUUGAAGUCCUGCCACCAUCACUACUAUUGUGCUUUAGGGUCAUUAUUAAGCAAAAUUAAGGAUUAUUUUUGGGCCAUGAUAAACCAUGGAAACUUAAUCCGCAGAUACAAAGGUUCUACUGUAUUGUGUAAUAAAGUUGGUAGAAUUACCGACAAUAUGUAAAGUAAAAGGACACAAGUGCAACUAAUGUGACAUUUAUUGUGGCAACGUUUCGCUCUCCAGGAGCUUUAUCAAGCUUGAUAAAGCUCCUGGAGAGCGAAACAUUGCCACAAUAAAUGUCACAUUAGUUGCACUUGUGUCCUUUUACUUUACAUACUGUAUUGUGGUUUCUGAGAAGCAACUCUAUCAUAUGUUGCACUGCAUGAAACCACUCAAGAAUGAGCAACAUUGCAACAGAUACAGCUGAUAAGCUUCCUGUUUAUUAACUCUGUGAUACGCUUACACUCAAGAAACUUGAAAAGUUUCAUUAUUAUAUAGUAAAGAAUGUGAUAAUAAAAACAGAAGGUAGUUGUUUACACACAGGUGUUCCUUGCUUUAUAAUGGUCCGACUUAUGAUGUUUCAACUUUACGAUGAUGUAAUAGUGAUGCGCAUUCAGUACUGUACAAUUAUUGAUAGGAUAAACUUGUGCAGGAGGGCCCUGGACGUACGGGAGGGCCCUGGACGUACAGGAGGGCCCUGCACGUACAGGAGGGCCCUGCAUGUACAGGAGAGCCCUGCACGUACAGGAGGGCCCUGCACGUACAGGAGAGCCCUGCACGUACAGGAGAGCCCUGCACGUACAGGAGAGCCCUGCACGUACAGGAGGGCCCUGCACGUACAGGAGGGCCCUGCAUGUACAGGAGAGCCCUACACGUACAGGAGGGCCCUGCAUGUACAGGAGAGCCCUGCAUGUACAGGAGGGCCCUGCAAGUACAGGAGGGCCCUGCAAGUACAGGAGGGCCCUGCAAGUACAGGAGGGCCCUGCAAGUACAGGAGGGCCCUGCAUGUGCAGGAGGGCCCUGGACGUACAGGAGGGCCCUGGACAUAAAGGAGGGCCCUGCACAUACAGCUCUCACUUUCUGGUGUUCUAUCUUUUCAUUUUCUUUCACUGGAGUUAUUAUUCAUUAUGCUCGAUGCUUUUAUCACUUUUCCUCCAUUAUUACCGUUUUCAUACAACAGUUGCAUAAGGGAAGGACUGGCGCCAUAUUUUUGGUAGGUUUUGUAUGGACAGUGUAUUUAUUUGAAUUUUUAUGCCUAGCUGUAUUGAGCACUCAAUACAUAAUAUUGUAAACACAUUAACAGGCAUUUUAGAUGCAUUCGAUAAGGAAAAAAUGAUCUCUUCCACCGCUGGCUUCUUGCUUAACCCUUAAACUGUCUAAACGUAGAUCUACAUUUGCACGCGUAGCGCUCUGAACGUAGAUCUACAUUUUACAUUGUUUCUUAUGGAGAAAAUUAAGGUCGGAGCACUACGCGCACAAACGUAGAUCUACGUUUGGGAAGUUUAAGGGUUAACAUUUGGGGUCACUGACCAUAGCAGCUGUAUGAACCAGAUUUGUAUCUAUUUAUUUAAUUUUCAAUACUGGUAUUUAGUGUAAUUAUUUGUUUACCUAUUCAUUGACAGUAGGUAUUUAUUUAUUUAUCAUCUCAUAUUCAUAUUUGACUUACAAUAUUUUUAACUUAGGACGAUCAUAACACCAUUGUAAGUCAAGGACCACCUGUUAUUUUUUUUGAGUUGUGCAGUUGCAUAAGCGCCAGGUAAUGUGUUAUUUUUUAUGAUUGGUUGGCUGGUUGGUUUAUCAGGUUAAUGUUUAUCAACCACACGAGGGUCAUUAAGGCUGCAUAUUGGUUGAUGUGAGUACCAAUGAGUGACAGAACGUACUCUGCUAGAAUGUACGCUUAAUGGGAUGACUUUCACUCUAAGACAAGCAUUUUUUAUAUAUAAUAAUGUCCAUGCUAUGGAUCCAUGAAACUCGCUGAAGAAUCUUCCAUUGGGGAAAUGUGUUGCUCUGUAUAGAGUUUUAUCAUAGUGAAAUGGUUUGCUCUGUGUAUAGCAGAGGUCGGUGAACUUUUUUGGGGUAUUACCCCAAAACAAGUUUAUGGAGAGCGAAAUUCCCCACUAGACUUUAAAGUCUACAGAAUCCAGAAAACACAAACAGAACUCGAAUUCAAAAUAGUUUAUAGUGUCCAUUUGUAUGGAGAAUACAAUCAUACAAGCAAAAAAGCAACUUUAAAAAUAAAUACAAAAUUAGAAAAUAAAAUGAAAUAUAAACUGCAGUUUUAUGUUCACUGAACCUUUGUUUUCCUCGUGAUUUUCAUUUUUACCCCAUUUGGGGUAAUUUACCCCAGUUCCCCGACCUCAAGACUGAGAGCUUUAUCAGAGUGACGUGUUUCCCCAGUUAAUACUUUUGUAACCUGUGUAUUUCCUCCAUAAGCUUAUUCUGUUGCAAGAUGUUUUACCCGAGAGGCUGCGUAUGGCCGGUCAAGGAUGCUUUAACUUCUACUGUAUACUCGGCAUAUACUGAGAGAUAAUAACCUCAGUGUAUAUAUACUGUGAGAGGAAUACCUCACUGUAUAUAUACUGAGAGGAAUAUCUGUGUAUAUAUACUGUGGGAAGAAUACAUCUCAGUGCAUAUGUCCUGUGAGAUAUAUGCACUGAGACUACUACCUCUCAGUGUAUAUAUCCUGUAAGAGGAAUACCUCUCAGUGUAUAUAUCCUGUAAGAGGAAUACCUCUCAGUGUAUAUAUCCUGUGAGAGGAAUACCUCUCAGUGUGUAUAUACUGUGAGAGGAAUUAAUGUACACUCGGAAUACACGGAGAGACAAAUGCCUCAGUGUAUACUAUACUGUAAGAUUGGGAUAAAUGUAAACUCAGUGUACACUGGAAGAUGAACACAAGUGUACACUGGAAGACGAACACAAGUGUACGUAUUGUCUACUCUUUAUAAAUGUAACUUUUUCAAUGUGUUAAAAUUAUUUUUGAAUCUGGAAGACAAGAAGCAUGUAUUGUAAUAAACUUUUUUUAAUCCAUUUUUGGGUUUAGUGUGUUACAAGAUAUGAGAUGUAUGAUUCACGAAAUCAUAGUAGCACGACUGUUAAUAAAUUAUGGAACAAGUAGGGUUUUAAACUCAUGGCAAGUGUCAUAAUACACACAGGCCAGUGUGUUAACACACUGGCCAAUGUGUUAACACACUGGCCAAUGUGUUAACACACUGGCCUGUGUGUACGUUAAUUCUUCAACUUACAAACACAUUGAGGACCUUCUGUAUAAUAAUGAUAUUAUAUGCAAUAAUGUAUAAUAAUGAUAUUAUACACAAUUAUUAUACGUUAUUAUACAUUAUUGUGUAUAAUAAUGAUACGAUAAACAAUACAGAAGAUUGGCAAUGUGCAAGUCAAGGACUUGCUGUAUUAGGACUCACUUGUUACAGGUUCAAAACCCAUCCGUUUCCUGGUUUAUAAGGUGUAUAGUUUGUCUUAAAACAAUUGAAUUACCUAGAGUAUAUUAAAAUGUAUCCAUGUUGUCCUCAGAGGAUGAAUUAAUGAUUGAGUCUGCAACACUCCUUGCUCUCAAUAACCCAUGUGGAUUUAGUGCUUUACAUACAUUGAAUAAUUCAAGAUAAGUGAGAAAUAAGAACAGGUGAAGCAUAAAGGUGAUGUAACAUAAUUUCUUAGUUAAUAAUUUUGUUUAAUGAAGGAGAAAAGUGCAUUAAAACAGCGACUCAAAACAAACCCUGGAUACCUAGCUGCGUAUUUUUGUCAAAUUCAAAUUUUAAUUUUUACGCAGGGCAAAAAUAAUGUAGUCGAUGUGUAAUAAAAUAUUGUUAGGCAUGAAA